AUGGCUUUAAAAUACGGGGUAAAGAUGUAUGAAUGUUCCUAUUUUACAUCAUCUCAAAUUUGUGCUUUGGGUGUUUUCCCAUCUUUGUGGGUUCCAAUGAUGAAUGUAUAUGGUAGAAGCUUUUCGGUAUUCUCCGCAUUGGCACGCUGUGUCUUAAAUAUUGGUGGGGGUAUUGCACAACAUAUGGUCAACAGAUGGCCACUAGAGUUUUAG